CAAAGCAAUCCGCUCCUAGGCCAAUACAACGGAUAUGCAUACCCGAUCAACAGUGAGUGCAGCUCAACCGAUUACAACGUGCACCAGCUGAUGGCUCAGAUGGAGUCACUAAAUCACCAAGUUCUGGAACUAACCGCCAACUUACGAGCCCUACAGCAAGUAAACUCGUCGAACUCCCCCGACUGCCAGCUAUGGCUAUCCCGACAGCAGUUCCCACUGCUGAUAUACGUUCCAAUCUUGCUGCCAUAUCUUGGCAGCGGUUUUGACGGCAACAGCCACCAGCAAAGCUUUAAAAAUCCCGCGAGCUAUGCCUUCCAGAAGAUGUGUGAAGAAUGCAUAAGCAAAUAAUAAAUCACUUGACAUAUAGGCCUCGGUCGAAACCGAUCCGUUGACGUUAGAUAAUUUAAGUGGCUGUUGUAGAGAUUCGUUUGUGUAUACCCACAAGCUUAUUGAUGAUGAAUUUCUCGAAUCGAUGUUAAUGACCUUGUCUGCAGGGGGUUACGAACGAUUACGGAUAGACAUGUGGCGACGAUCGUUGACCGUGAUUGUUUGAACAAAAACGGAUAGGACGAUGUGUUAAUUUGAUAUUUGACGAUGUAGAUUAAGUUUUGAGCAUUCGGAGAAGGUCAUGAACUAUAAUAUUCGGAAAUGCCACAGGAAAUGAAAUUCACACAUCUGUCUACAGUGUUAUGAAUAAUAGGAAAUGAUUGAAAUGCGUUUUUUUUUUUGUUUCAUCGUAUAACAAAUUUACGUUACUAAAAUAUGCUCUGCUCAAAGUAUUUAUGUAUUCUAUUUAUAGUAACAAUAAUAAUACAAUAUGGUCACAACGUAAUGAAGACCAACAAAUAAAAACAUUAAACU